UGACAGAGAAGUUUCACACGUUGGGAAAUUUCUCCUUUUCGUCGUCUGUUACGAUACCAUUUCACGGGUCACUAACCCAAAACCUCCACCUCCUCCUCCUCCUCCUUCCGCCUCUCCGAUUCCAAACAAAUUCCGGCUCCGUCACCAGAGAUCAUUUCCCCACCGUCAUCUCCGGCGCCGACCAACGCAUUUCAUCUUCCAAACUCCACAGUUGACCAUAUAUUGCAUAGUUGAGCUUCUCACGGCGACGGCGCGUUUACACACCUUCCGCUGAAACGCGACGCCACAAAAUUUCCUAGGGUUUCAUGUUUUGUAUGGUUGAGCGUCAUACAGAGGCUUUCAUGUCGUUUGAAUGGAGAUUAUCUCUUCUGCCACCAUUGCCUUGUCGUCCCAACCCUUUCCUAUAGCUGCGAUUGUUACUUUUCUUUGUUUCCUUCUCGCUCUUUUCGCCGCCGUUCGAUUGGUUUCUGUUCCUUACAUUAGAAGGACGAAAGCGCUACAAUCGGUGGCCUUGGGUACGAGGAAUUGUAAUUGUACCUGUUCGCUUAACGGUGGUGUGGUUAUUGGGGGUUUGGACCCCAGGGCUGAGAUUACUUCUUCGACUAGUACGAGUAUGCCUUAUUUGAACGGUCGUGCAGUGGAAGUUUUGGAGAAAGCGCCGGUGGUUGUGACGGAGCGGCAGACGGGCGCUUCGAUGAUGGAGCAGUUGGUGCCGGAGAUCACUACGCAUGCUCUUAGUUACUUGGAUUAUCCCAGCCUAUGCCGUUUGUCCAUGACUAAUUCGUUGAUGCGCAAAGCCGCGAAUGAUGAUAAUGCCUGGAAGGCGCUUUAUCAUAAGGACUUCACACUGGAACAAGAUACUGUAACUCCAAUUAACGGGUGGAAGGCUUAUUAUGCUGCAACAAGAACAAUUAUGAAUAUUAAUGCUCAAUUCUAUAACAUCAUCAGAGACAGGUCUCUUCAAGCGAUGAGUCGAUUUUGGUUAAAUGCAGAUUAUGUGAAGUGUAUUCAUGCUUCAGGAGAAUUCUUUUCCGGGUAUAAUGCCGUAAUUCAAAGUUGGCAGCUUGCAUUUAAUUGGGAACAAGGGAUUAAUUUUCAGGUCCGUGAUGUACGGGCUCGUGUGCUUACAGAUAUGGCUUGGGUUAGCAUGAAAACGUAUGUCGACAUGGAUACAGGGCCAUUCAAUGUGACCAACAUUUACGAGUUUCAUAAUGGUCGAUGGUACAUGGUGCAUCAUCACAGCUCUGUGAUGCUUAUUGUUGGGGAGAUGGAACAACAAAUGGUUCACGGGUGACAGCGAAGAUAGAAGAAAGUAAAGCAUGGAAAAAUAUACAAUACUAGGUGGUACAAAGAUAGGGUGGUGUCUGGUAGCAGAAGCAAGAUUAAAAGAAGAAAAAAAAAAAAAAAAGAAAAAUUUCUUGUCCAUUACUUUAAACACAACACCAUUUCAACUGUUCCAACCUCAGUUUUGCUUGACCUGUGUUGAUUGAUCCCUUUUUCUUUCAAAGUUUUUUUUUUUUGACCCCUAA